GAGAAUGCUUCUUUAAAAUUAGAUGUGAGCGAUGAGUGGAGGGAAAACUGCCAUCAGGCAAUUUGUAAGAGCCAGACUGGUGGCGUCAUUUGGCUCCUUACUAGAGUGUUGCUGCAUUUAUUCAAAGCUUAUUCCCAAGUAGCUUUGUGGCUCAAGUGAAAGCAAACCUGUUCGCCCAAGGACUUGCGCUCACAACAUAAUGCCUGUUUGUUCUUCUUAUGUUACCCUAACGCUCGGAUCGGGGUUGUUUAGGCAGCCGCAGAGAAAAAAAAAAACUCUCUUUUCUGCUCUUUCCCCACUUUCACCAACGUAGCACAUCUACCCGCUGCUCGUCUGGAAAGAGGUCAAAGGCUCCUCACGUGGUUUGGUGUUAACUGUGCAACCAGAUAAUCUACGUUUACGCAGAUCUUUUUUUUUUUCUUUUUUUUUUUCUAACUCAACAUACCCAAGAGUUUCCGUGCGUCAUUCCUGAUUAGACUUGGAGUCUGACGUCGCCAGCAUUCAAGAAGAAAAUACCUCACAGAAAUUGUACAGUCCAACAUCUUUUUUUUUAAUCACAUCCGGAGUGACGGAAAUCUUUUUUUCUUUUUUUCAAAAUAGACGCGGAUCAACAAAUUGCCGUCAAUGCGUAAUUUCCAUCUGACCAGAGUCCAAGCAUAAUCCGAGAGCGAAACACGUGAUCAACAAAAUCUCUUCUGCUGCAAUUUUUUUUUUCAUCUCAUCUGGCUAGAAGAAGAAGAAAAAAAAAUAAGCCGUGGACAAUCCUGUGAAAUCAUCUUGUCCGAUUACUGGUGCGCAUAUAGCUCCGAGAGCUGAUCGGCUCCAUGCCUUGCCGCGUCUCCAGAUGCCCGUUUGGCCGGUGCUCUGCAACUUUACGCGCAGAAAGAGGCUCACAGCAGAGACGGGGUCUGAAUGAAUGCGGCUGAAUUUUCCGCGCAUCUCUCUUCUUGCCUCCCCAAGACUGUUGAAUGUGUUCUCUAUCCUGCCGGUUGAGCGCAUCUCGACCUAUCACCAGAUAGACGCAGACAUACAUAAGAUUCGGCGGCGCAGACAUAGUCCAUCACCGGAAAAGGGGAGCAGCAGAUGUCGAAGAAACGGAAAAGUCCUGAUGACCAGGGCAUCCAAGAUUCUCCCCCUGUACGGAGCAGCGAGCAGCAAGGCUUGACAGAUGAGAAAGUGAAGGCCUACCUCUCGCUGCACCCGCAGAUGCUGGACGAAUUUGUGUUGGAGAGCGUGAGUGCCGAGACGUUGGACAGAUGGCUUAAGAGGAAGACCAGCAGCAGGCCUGCAGAUGACACAUCGACUAAAGAAGUCAGCAGGUACCAGGAUACAAACAUGCAGGGUGUGGUGUAUGAGCUCAACAGCCUCAUGGAGCAGCGUCUGGACACUGGAGGAGACAGCAAACUCCUGCUCCAUGAGUUGUCCAACAUAAUCAAAACAGCAACAAAAGCUGAUAGUUUUGCACUUUAUUUCUUGGGAGAAUGCAACAAUAGUUUAUGUUUAUACACUCCAAGGGGGGCCAAGGAUGGCCAUCCAAGCCUUGUCCCAUCUGGCCCCAUUGCAUACGGGACAACCAUUGCCGCUCAUGUUGCCAAGACUCGCAAAACACUGCUAGUGGAGGACGUUAUGGGGGACGAGCGAUUUCCGGACGGCACAGGGCAGGACUCAGGGAUCCAUGUUCACUCUGUCCUGUGUCUCCCUAUCCUCACUGCCAUUGGGGACCUCAUCGCCAUCCUGGAGUUGCAUCGGCACUGGGGCAGUCAGCCUUUCAACCUAAGACACCAAGAGGUCGCGACCGCAAAUUUAGCUUGGGCAUCUGUUGCCAUUCAUCAAGUACAGAUGUGCAGAGGCCUUGCCAAACAGACUGAGCUUAAUGACUUCCUACUAGAUGUGUCAAAAACAUACUUUGAUAACAUUGUGGCAAUAGAUUCUCUACUUGAACAUAUUAUGAUAUAUGCAAAAAACCUGGUGAAUGCAGACAGGUGUGCGCUCUUCCAGGUAGAUCACAACAACAAAGAACUGUACUCUGACCUGUUCGACAUCGGGGAAGAGAAAGAAGGCAAACCUGUGUUUAGGAAAACAAAAGAAAUAAGGUUUUCCAUAGACAAAGGAAUAGCUGGCCAAGUAGCUCGGACAGGGGAAGUCUUAAAUAUCCCAGAUGCCUAUGCAGACCCGCGGUUCAACCGAGAGGUAGACCUGAAAACUGGCUACACCACGCGGAACAUCCUGUGCAUGCCCAUUGUGAGCAGGGGCGCCGUCAUCGGCGUGGUGCAGAUGGUGAACAAGCUAAGCGGAAGUGCCUUCACUAAAACUGAUGAGAACAACUUUAAGAUGUUUGCUGUCUUUUGUGCUCUGGCCUUACACUGUGCAAAUAUGUACCACAGGAUCCGGCACUCUGAAUGCAUCUACAGAGUGACGAUGGAAAAGCUGUCCUAUCACAGCAUCUGCACGUCAGAGGAGUGGAAGACCCUCACCCAGCUCAACCUUCCUGAACCCGUUUACAAAGAAAUCGAAACGUUCCAAUUUGACAUCAGUCCCUAUGAGGACAUCUGGCCGGCCGUCUUCAUCUACAUGGUUCAUAACUCCUGCGGAAAGACCAGCUUUGAGCUGGAGAAGCUCUGCAGAUUCACCAUGUCCGUACGGAAAAACUACCGCCGUGUGCCCUACCACAACUGGAAGCACGCGGUGACCGUGGCCCACUGCAUGUACGCCAUCCUACAGAAAACCACCGGGAUCUUCACGGAGCUAGAGAAGAAGGGUUUGUUGAUAGCCUGCCUGUGUCACGAUCUGGAUCAUCGAGGGUACAGCAACGCAUACUUGCAGAAGUUCGACCAUCCAUUGGCUGCUCUGUACUCCACCUCCACCAUGGAGCAACACCACUUCUCGCAGACCGUCUCCAUCCUGCAGCUGGAAGGGCACAAUAUUUUCUCCAACCUGAAUUCCAGCGAGUACGAGCACGUGCUGGAGAUCAUUCGGAAGGCCAUCAUCGCCACCGACCUCGCCCUGUACUUCAACAACCACCAGCAGCUGACGGAGCUCCUGACCAGGGGCGGGCUGGACCUGGACAACCUCUCGCACAGGGACCGUGUGAUUGGUCUGAUGAUGACAGCAUGUGACCUAUGUUCUGUUACCAAGCGGUGGCAAGUCACACGACUCACAGCUAACGACAUCUAUGCUGAGUUCUGGGCUGAGGGAGAUGAAAUGAAGAAGAUCGGAAUUCAGCCGAUCCCGAUGAUGGACAGAGACAAGAAGGACGAGGUUCCCCAGGGCCAAGUGGGAUUCUACAACAGUGUGGCAAUUCCAUGCUACACCACACUUUCAGAGCUUUUUCCUCCAUCCGGUCCACUCCUGAAAGCCUGCAAGGAGAACCUGAAUCAUUGGGAGCAGAUAGCACGGGGCGAGGAGGAGGACAUUCUGCCCAGCCGGCCCUGUGAUCCAGGCCCUGUCAAGGUGGACAACUGACUACCAAAGGGGUCUCCGACCCAACAAAGAAAUACACAAACUGAAUCCUGCCACGGACCUGGACAUUUCACGAGGGGGAGUGGGCUAGAGGGCGAGGCAGGGAACAACCACAUCCUGCGUCAGCAGGAGUUCGAAGCGCUUAAAGCGGCUUGACUUUGUAAAACACACAGUUACCUCAUCGGGUGACGGAGGUGUCCACACUGACGGUUUCACCGAUCCCAGAGACUGACAGACAUCCGUCAGGGAGGGAUUUCAGCCCAUCACCCUGCGUCUUCUCAGCUGGGGAAAUUUUUAUCGAUAGAACGGCCUUGAGUGAUUUCCCGUAUUUUAUUUCAAGUUUUUAUUAUUGUUAUUUUAAUUAUUUUGGCUAUCCCUUGUCAUUGUCCUUAAUUUGAACUGAUCCUGUUCUGGUCUUGCAUUUGAAGAGGCCUUACUCCAGACCUUCAACGGGCUAGGAGAUGUGAAUUUUCCUUUUCAGUUCAGGCUCUUUUGAGAUGGUACUGUUUGCCUUCUAUGUUGAGUUUAUUGCACGCGCACUACUUCAGAAAGUGAUUCCCAGAGACCGAAGGAAUGUGUAGAGCAGAUGUCUGGUGUAGCGACACCCUUUUGAGAAGGCGGACAUUUGAAUGUGUUUGCAAUUGCUUUUUUUUCUUCUUCUUUUUUUCCUUUUUUUUUUUUUUAGCAGAUAUCCUUUGCAGUACUUGAAUAAACACAGCCUACUCUAUGUGGAGAUUGCAGAAAUCCCCUAGAAACAUUGAUGAACUGUGAUGUUGGUGAGCAGUCAUGAGAGAGUCACAUUGUUUAAAGUGUGAGGUGGUCCCUGCAGCUCCUCACCCCUGAGCAUUUAGGAACCAGCUGCACCAACAUCCUUCUGAUCACCAGGGUCCAAACCCUGCUCGUUUAUUUUAAGCCAAGACUGCAUAAUCCAUAAUUUGUACUCGCGUCUCCCUCUCCUAUACCGUUUCAUAUAUUACACUUGUGUGCAAAGUAAUAGCAGCUUGUUCAAAAACAGCGAGCAAAGCUCAGAAUCCCCCCUUUUUUUUCUCUAUACAUGCAAAUGCAUCGUGAAACAUGGCUUGUUCAAUUCUAAAUCAAAAGAUACAGGAAAAAAAAUCGCUCAAUUUGGUAUUGUACGGAAAAUGAAAAAAAAAAAAAUGAUUAUGCUGUUCAAAACAGGUGACAGCGUCUCCAUUUUUCCUUUUUCAAGCUUUCCUGUGAAUCACUGAGCUGAUAUUUAGCUGCUUCUGAGGGAGCUGUUAACAGGUCCUCUGCGAAAACCCAGUUUCUCCUCAGAAACGGCCCCUUGUUUUCUGUCAAACAGAUUCUAACCUAAGUAGAAGUUGUUCAUUUGAAUAUAGCAAACGCUGUAGAGUUAAAUGUAGGUGUUUGAUAUGCCUGCUAGAGAAAUCAAGCAUAAUUUGGCACAACUAAGACCGUAAGACGGCACCAAAGUGAUAUCAAUAAUCGCAGAGUGUGCAUCAACCUGCAUCAGUGGGACACAUAUGCCACUAUAAAUAUUCCUCACUCCCCAGACUCUGAAAUAACACCCUUUGGUUUGAUCGGUCCAUAAAAUGCUCCACCAUUUCUCUUCCGGGUAGUCAGUGUGUCCUUUGACAAACUAAACUCUCCUGCAGGUUCCGUUUUCUCCCAACCAUAGGGCUCUGCAGGGGCGUCCUGCUGAAGGAAUUGGCUUCAAAAGCCAUCUCUUAACUGUAGACCUCUUUGAUCACCCUGCAGCUGAUCAUUUGGCUUGAUCACGAGUCUUUGCUGUUUUGACUCUGAUCCAUUGGAACGGUGGUCUUCCAUUGUGCGCCACGUCUUUCUGGUUGUGGUUUCCGUUUUUGAAACAUUUGGCUGAGCGAUCCAUGGUUUUCUAUACCCUCUCCGGUCGAUUUUUGAAUCCAAUGAAGCUGUUUUUUUUCUGAACAAGUUUUAGAACGAGUGAUUUUACACCGAUUUUUAGAGGAGGAACGCACAAUAACCAGCAUGUCCAACAGUUUCUGCCUUCGUCCUUGAAUAAGAGCCUCCAGGUUCUUGACCUGUUCACAGAAGGACUGAUCUCACGUCUUUACACUGGUAUCAUUAUGAAGCAAUUAUCAGACAGCAUGCAUGCCACGACUGUGUGGUCUGUUGGUCUUCUGUUACUCUAUUACACCUACUAGUAAAUUAUUUGCCAUGGAGAAAUAUAAUUUCUAGCACAAACAGGGAGAAGUCUGUUUAAGCGAUAAUGGACUGCUGUUAUUUUGAACACAACUGUAUUUCACCCCACCAAGCACAUAAAACAAUUGUUCUACUCAUUAAGCGGACAUGCAGGAAUGACACCGAACAAUCAUGAGCGCCAUUAAAAGCUUCCUAUGAUAUCACCAAGGUGAAAUCACGUCUCUGGGAACUUUUGCCACUGUGUGACACACCGGCUGUAGAAGGAAAUAACUCAUUUUCCUACAUCAAACUAGAGGAUACGUUUGGACUCUUUUUAAUAAGUUUCCAAGAUCUUCCAAGAGACAAACUGUUUUGUCCUCAUCCAUCUUCCCGGACUGAAGUUUCUGCUCAACUCUUUGAUUUUGCUUCUUCUUUUUUUUUUCUCCAUUUGUUUUUUUUCCGUUGUUGUUGUUGUUGUCCGGCUGGUACUGCGCCUAACCCCCCUCUGUUGUGAAUGUAUCAUCCUGAUGAAUGUUUUCGUUGGUUGCAGAUUCUGGGUGGCGCUGCUGCGUGGGUUUGUGUGCACCAUCAGUUUCCUCCAUGUGCUCUGUCUUACCUUUCAGAGUUGCUUCCGGUAAGCUUUAACCAAAAGCAACAAUUAGCAUGCACCUUACCUGAAAUUUAAUAUAUAUAUAUAUAUAUAUAUAUAUAUAUAUAUAUAUAUAUAUAUAUAUAUAUAUAUAUAUACUUUGCAUUUGUUGAGAUAGGUGAGUAGUAUUUGCAACCUAGGGAGAGAUGUUUGCUCUGAUGGUGCUAAACUGAACGGCAGUCGUGCACUGUCCUACUAGGCGUGUGUGUGCGUGUGUGUGUGUAUAUGUGUGAGGAAAUGUUUUGCGCAUUUUACUUGUAAAGUGAGGACUCUGAUGUAAAGUGAGGACUUUUUCUUUGGUCCUUACUUUUAUCUGAGCUAGUGGUUAGGUUUAGGAAUGCGGUGUCAGUUAGGUUUAGGUUAGGCCAUAGAAAGGGUUGAAUAUCAAGGUCCUCACUUUGUAUUUAAAACAAGGAUGCAUGUGUAUAUGUGUGUGCGUGUGGAAACGCCUUCCUCCUUUAAACCCCCCCCCCCCCCAACCCCACCAGACAACAUUGUAAAGUCACUGCACUGUCCCUCCUCUUUUUCAGCACCAGUUAUAUCCCAUUGUCUGCACUAUGUUCAGCUUAUGAUCUUUAUCAUCAUCAUUAUUAUUAUUAUUACUAUUGUUAUUUUCUUAGAGUUAAAUUUAAAUUAACUUAUAUUUUUUAUACAAAGAAGAAUAAUGUUUGCCUUUUUCUUUUGUUUUGUACAAAGUAAACAUUAAGAUAAAUUAAACAGUCUAGACAUGUUACUGUUGCCCAGAAUAACUGAGGAAUGUCUCAACUGUAAAUGUAAGAGCCGUAGCCCAAAUGACUUUUAAUAAAUACGUCUUUGAAAAAGAA